AUAAGAUAAAACAUUCUGUGUUGUAGAUAACUCAUUGAACACCUCAUUUUCGACAUGAAUUCACAGUCAUUUCUGUUUAUCGUGUAAAAUAUGGAUACACAAAACGACACAAGCGUUAACAGAACGGAUAGGGGCGACCGGGCAGAAGAUCUGCAUUUAGACAGAAUUGUCGCAUCUCAACCUGAGAUUGGACCAACACCUCCAGACGGUGGAUAUGGAUGGCUCAUUGUCUUUUCUGCGGCAGUGUAUCAUGUAACCGUACCUUCUCUUUUAAGUUUAUAUGGAAUCAUCAUUUUAAAAGCGAUCAGGGAAGAAGAUCACGAAGAAGGGGAAUUAAUGAAAAUCUGGGACGUGGACAUAGCCUUGGUGCCUGUGAUUAUGGUGAUAAUAAGACUUCUUUUAGAAUCCUGGUGCAGGGCUAUGGUAAAAAUUUUUAACAUGCCGAGGGUGAUCGCACUUUCUGGACUUUGUUUGACCGUGGCUGGCGUAUUACUGUCCAGUUACUCGACUAAUGCAGACAGUAAUGACCAUAUUGUCAACAUUUUUUCAGGAAUUUUCGCAGGUAUGGGUUGCGCCCUAACCGGCCAGCAGACGGAUGUUAUUAUAACACAUUACUUCAGAGAGAAGCUGACGAUAGCGCAGCGCAUCGUGCGCGUGGCGCCUUCCCUCGGCAGCUGCCUAGUGCCGCUACUGGUAGGCCACCUCUGCUCCAGGUACACGGCUGACGUCGUUGUGAUGAUCUACGGCGCAGUCAUCAUGCAGAACUGCCUCUUCCUUGCCUCCUACUCCCGCCCCAUAUACAUCGAGAAGAUGAUCAGGACCACCUACAAUAUGCUGCGCGACGCCGUGGAGGACGAAGAUGAAGUUAUCUUCUCCAACCAGAGACGAAAUGAAACCCGGGCGGCGGCCGAGGGCAGCGCCCCAUACCGCACGUGCUUCGAGGCCGCGGCGCUGCUGCACGCCGCCAGCGCCGCGGCCUUCCUGCUCGCCUCCUUCACCACACGCACGCACUAG